CCCGUUUGCUUUAUUUGGAAAGCAUCCUUCUGUGUGACAUCGUGCUGCGCACACGGUGGGUACGACUGGCCGUCUGCUGGUCGCUCGUCUCUUUUGAUGAGAGGGAUACUUCUCUCGGGGUUGCCGACUCGCUUGUCGCCUUCUGUUCGUCUGAGUUCCGCCCCCCUCCUGUCUUGUUACGAUCCAACCUGCGGUCGAUCUAUUGCUGCAAGAAAGGGAGGGAGGGGAGGCCAUAUCCAGCUUGCAGUACUCUUUCAGGCUUUCACGUGACGAGCCAUUAGGAAAAACGAGACUGGUCUGGGCGGCGUAGUGACGGCGGGAGCUGUGGGGCCGCCACCAAACGUUGGCGGGCCGUUCAGAGGUGGUGGAGCUGGGGGAAGAAACGGAACGCGAGAAAGCGGGAAGCAUCUAGGCGCGGAGCAUCCCACCGGGUGGAGACAGGAGAACGGUAGGUACUUCGGGAUCCGGUCUCGACGAAGCUGGCGGCAUUCGUCUGAGUCGCCGGAGAGAAAAGGUCAGGCCAAGAGGAAACGGCAGAGAUUUCUGAAGCGAGCCGUUCUUUCUCGCUCGUUUGGCUUGCCCUGCCUUCUAAGGCGCUUGUCGUCUCGCUGCUGGCCAUGGCGAGCGCAGCUAUGGCGGCGGCAACAGUACCUGCCGCGUCAGCUGGUCUCGCUCCUCACGUUAGUCAAGGCUUGUUGUCCAGGUCGUCUUCGACCUUUCCCUCUUCUGCUUCUUCCUCCUCUUCGGCUCUUUGCUUCUCUCCGCUCACAUCUUCAUCUUCCUUGCGUUCUUCUCGUCCCUCCACAAUCCCGUCCUCUCAGUCGCUGUCGUCACAUAAUUGGGUGCCACCGUGCGGCCGGUCGGCAUGUCAGCUGCGAAUCAGGCGGCGCCCAGUAGCGUCUCGUCAAUAUCCGAGGUCAGUUCUAUCAGCGGCGAAGGCGGUCACGAAGUCCAGCGAGGGGCUGUUCGUUGGCGGUGGAGAUAAGUGGGCAGCGAGGAGAAGGUUUCCCACGCAGAGGCACACAUCGCGCAGCAAAGGGAGUAAUUUCACCUCCAUCACGACGGGAGGCCCUCUACGGCUUUUCACACUAGUCCGUGCCUCAGCCGCCGAUGACGAGCGUUUCACCAGCCUGGCUACCAACCCUCUGGGUGGCAUUUCGAGGCUGAUGGAUGCUGGCCGGUCCAAUCUAUCUUCUCUCUUUCAAUUUGUUCUUGCCACUAGCUUCGUCAGAGCCGUUCUUGACUCUGGCUUGCGCUUAUGGCAGGCCACGGGUGAGAAACUCGUGGAGGAUGUGGAUCUCAAGAGCGACCUAGAAGCAGAGGGCGGCGUCAUCGACACUUCUCGUCAGCUAUGGAACGAAGCCGUCGUGAAGGUCAAGGAGGGAGCUGCGAAGACACAGGAGUACAUCAGAGAGAAAGCAGUCGAGCUCAAGCCUCAUUAUGAGGAAACUGCCGAAAGAACGAGGCUGGUAAUCGCGCAAUCAACGGAAGAGAUGAAGAGGCAAGCGGAGAAGGCGAAAGAGGUGAUCGUUUCGACAGCCAAGGUAGUUGCUGAGCAGGGCAAAGAGGGACUAGCUCAGGUUGUGGAGUCCACUCCUCAGCCAAUCAAGGAGAUUGCCGAGGUUGCGGUAACCGCUCACUCUAGCGAACGAUCUAAGAGUGGAGCUGCCAUCCAUGACUUUUGCUUGGGCAUUCCCUAUGGGACGGUGCUGGUCGCGGGAGGCAUUUUUUGGUUCAUAGUUGUUGGCAGCACAAAUGCGUUGAGGUUUGGUGUUGGACUAGGAGGGAUUCUCCUUGCCUCUAGCAUCUUAAGCCUGCGGGCAUGGAAGGCAGCAAGGUCCAGCACUCCGUUCAUAGCAACUAGUCAAGUAAUCUCUCUGGCGAUUGCGAUCACAGAAUGGCGGAGGUUCGCUGUGACACGGGCGGUUUUCCCGACGUUUUUCACUGCGCUUUUCAGCUUGGGGAUGGCUGUUUUCUAUGCAUACAUACUCCUGGCUGGAGGGAACCCGCCAAAGAAAAGCCAUGCAGAUGCAACACCAGCUCCUUCUGUGUCGUCCGUGGUAGAGGCUCCAUCUACAUAGGGGCACGAUACAUGUUGGUUCGACGAAUUGAAUUGCUCAUUCUUUUCUUUACAGAUCUGGUGUUCUCUCUGCUGGUAGUGGGUCUCUGCAACCAGUUCACAAGGGUAGGGCGAGGAUCAGGGAUCAUGAAAAGGGGUUGCAGGGCAGCAGUUGUAUAGUCGAGGAAUGGGAGGGGAGGGAGGAGAGAAGUUGAUUCCCACUGCUGCUGUGUAGGGCAGGAGCUCAACGAUGUCAGGUCUUUCUUUGUUAGGCAGGUAUCUCAUCUCUCUGGAGUUUCGUCACUACUGCACAUGGAGCAGGUUUUUUCCCCUUGCUCAUGCUAUUUGGAGAAUUGUGUGGUCUGACCUGAUGUUGGAUGAGUUCUCCUUUUGCUCUCAGCGGUCUUGUUCGACUCUUGCCUACACAGGAUUGCAACAUGGCGGAGUAGUUUUUUUUUUUUUUGUCCGUUCCAUUGUUAAUGUCCUGCUGUCUGCGUGCAGAACAAGGGUGUUACUCUCAGCUGUUAAUGUGGCAGUGCGGCCUUGGUCAGUGUGUGUCGUCUUCUGGAUGUAUAAUGAUCUAAUCUGGCUUUGGAGGUAGUAUAGCUGUGAACAAACACCUGACAAUAAGGAGAGCAGAGGUAAUUCUCUCAGGAACAUGUGGUUCCCGUUAGAAUUUGUCAUGUAGUCUGUUUUGAGGACUUAGAAAGGUUUCUUGUGGAGGUGUGUGUGAUCCAAGGAUCCCUACUCCUCCAUCUUGUAGCGAAACGGCGAACUUCGUUGCUGCAAUCAACAUAUUAGUGGUAGGCCCUUGAGAAAAUCGAUGCAGCACUUGGGUGGUGGGUUGGUGUGGGUGGGUGAUGUUUUUCUUUUUUGCUGCGAUCUAUGUUAGUGGGGUGCUCGAGGAAAUGAAAGUAGCACUCAGCGAUUGGUGUAGGUAAUUUAGACUUUGUUAAAAGAAAGGUCUGGAAUCGAGAAGAUUGUUGCCAGCCAGCCAGCAGUUGAGCCUUUGCUGCGGUCAGGAUAACACAGCGACCAUAGAACUUGUUUUCGAUCUGAUGGCAAGUUAAAACCCCGGGCAGGCUGUGUCUAUGUGAAAAUACUCAGCAAUGGCCUUCAUCGUUUUGAUCGAGGUUGGGGAGGAAGUCUGUCUGAGAGCCAUUGAUGCUUAGCAGGGGCCACCUUUUUCUUUCAGCUUUCUUUGUUUUUCAAUUUUAGCUUCUCCCUUUUUUUCCGUCUUUUGUUUUCUCAGAAUUUCUUGACGAAGAAGUGCUCUGGAUAGCCCUGCGGAUAUCUGGGUUGCCCCACUGACAAUGAUCGCUGCUUAAUUGUACCCAAGGCAACAUUGUGUUGCUGGUGAAGGGAUUUCUUUGUGAACGAUGUGUGAUUGGCGUAUUGGCACUGAAGGUGAAGUAUGGUCUUUUGUGACUCUCUGAAUUUGAGCAGAAAGGUAGAGGGAAGACUGGCGGGCUCCUGACGAGCUAUUGAACGAACAAGUGUAAGCUUCACUAACGUUUUUGUUGUUUCUGUUGUACGUUGAAUUCACCGCAUGAGAAUGUUGUGGUUGAGCAGGACUUUCAAAAAUUGGAUUCUGCAUUGCAGACUCUGCCUGUGGAGCGGCGAUGUUUUUGUUUAGUCGAGGGAAGGAUGAGUAAUGAUGGGGAUUCUUCGAAGAUUUGGGGCAAUGUGUUGCCUGUUUUGCUUGUUCGUCCGUUUGGUCUGGUCGCUGUCGACCAAACAGUGACCAAAAGGAAUUGUACAACAGACUGAAAGACGGAGCAGCAACGAGUUAAGCUUUGGCCUGUGUCAGCAAAAAUCACAACUUUGCUGGUGACACUGGGCUAUUUGCUGGGAACCCCUAUGAAUCUUGGCCCUCUGAAUUCUCACACUGAGGAACACUCCAAGAUUUUCGGGGCCAUCAGCGGGAAACCGAAGUUGUCAUUCGAUUGUCCUGACGUUGAAUAUUUAGAAUCGUUGAUGACAACGAGUAGGAUCCUCAGAGGCUGUGUGUCCAGCAACCAUUCUGUCUUUGUUGAAGAUAUAGUUAUGGAUUAGGAAACUAAUGGUUGAAUUGACCCGAGCGUAUAACCAUGAUCGGGCUCCGUCGUCUUAAACCACCAGUACUUGGCCCAGCUAUGGGCCAUGGAAAGUGAGAGUAGAAAUGUUUCUAGUCGGAUGAAUUUGGGCACUUCUGUAGUUGCACUUACGUUUCCUAAAACCGAGGCUCAUUAAUGGGCAUGACUUCAGGAAGUACUGGUGGUUUGACCUGUGAAGUUCUCCGUCAUGAAACCUUUUGAAGUCCAGUCUGCAGAUGAUUAUGAAGGGCCGGUGACAAGGUAGCAGGUGCCUAUAGUCUUAACAUCUGGCUGGCUAUUGAUAUUUAUUCCACGGUCAGAGAUGAAGAAUCCAUGAAGUUGGGCCUAACUCCUGGAUUUGACAUUUCAGAAUGCUUGCCAUGUUGCACGGUUUGUCGAAGGAAGUCCUGCCUAAUCAGACAGUUUGGCUCAAUCUGUGGAAAUGGAAGUGCGUCUUGAACUUACCGUU